ACGCCCAGUAAGCAGUCAUAGUUUUAUGUUGUAAAUGAUACGCUAGCGACUAACCCGUUCUUAUUGCAUUUUACGUGAGUGUACGACGCUGUAAUAGUUUUAUUUUGAAAAAUACCCGGAUGCUUUAAUUCUGUUUUUGAUGGUAACAGCAUAUUGCUGUGGGGAAGAUAUUAGUAGACGGACCGGUAGGACUUCCUGUUGUCCGUUCAGUAAAAAUAGGAGGAAGAAAUAACGUUCUCGUGCUGACAUUUGAAGAGAUUAUUCCGGGAUUUCAACAAAUUUCUACAAAUGUCCUAAUUCAUCGCGUGUCUGUGUUGAUUUGAUUUGUUUUGAAAACGUAGCGACAUUAAAUAAUGACACGUUUUACAAUUUAAAGGUCAUCGAAGGCAUUGCUGGACACUGUGAAAGCAUCAGCAACAUGCCCUUAAGGAUGUGGAGGGCACGUUCUUUUCAGAGGCUGGCACGUAGAGAAGUAAUUCGACUCUGCUCCAGUAUCUCACACAAGCCUUCGACUUUACCCAACAUCAAGACUAAAUCACAUCAGCGUCUUCAUGCUGAAAAGCAUAAGCGGAAAAAACAGAGGGAAAAUGCCAUACUGUCAACGCAACACAAUAAUGCUCAUGAAGAACUUGCCAUAAAAUGGAGUGAGAAGGAGAGAAUUCUCUACACUGCUCAGACACCUCCCGGGUCAAAGAAAGACACAACCUUGCCGUUCCCAUCCUCAUACAGUCCAGACUAUGUGGAGUCCAGCUGGUAUCAGUGGUGGGAGAAAGAGGGAUUUUUCAGGCCCGAGCAGCAUGAAAAAGUAUCUCAUGCUGUGGAUCAGAACUUUGUUCUGUGUAUCCCUCCACCAAAUGUAACCGGGACUCUCCAUCUGGGCCAUGCUAUGACUGUAGCUAUAGAAGAUGCUGUGGUUCGAUGGAGAAGGAUGCAGGGUCAUAGAGUAUUAUGGGUCCCUGGAUGUGACCAUGCAGGUAUAGCAACACAGACUGUGGUGGAGAGGAUGUUGCUCCAGCAAACAGGGAAGCACAGACAAGAUUUCACGAGAGAAGAAUUUUUACAGGAGGUUUGGAAAUGGAAACAUGAGAAGGGAGAGGAGAUCUAUCACCAGUUGAGGAAACUCGGUGCUUCCUUGGACUGGAGCCGAGCCUGUUUCACUAUGGAAAAAGGUUUCAGUCAGGCAGUAACUGAGGCCUUCGUCCGCCUGUGUGAUGCUGAUCUGAUCUAUCGCUCAGAGGGACUCGUCAAUUGGAGCUGUGCUCUGGAGUCUGCAAUCUCCGAUAUAGAGGUUGAUUCAAAGGAACUAUCUGGGCAAACCAUGCUGUCCGUCCCUGGCUAUCAACACAAAGUGGAGUUUGGAACCAUGGUCACAUUUGCAUACCCCAUAGAAGGCUGUGAUGGAGAGGUGGCGGUGUCGACAACCCGUCCAGAGACAAUGCUGGGAGAUGUGGCCAUUGCUGUUCACCCGAGUGAUCCUCGAUACCAGGCUUUUCAUGGAAAGCAUUGCCGCCAUCCCUUCACUGACAGACUGCUGCCCAUUGUCACUGAUACCAUGGUGGACAUGGAGCUGGGAACAGGUGCAGUCAAGGUUACUCCUGCUCAUGACCACUCCGACUUCUUGUUGUCCCAGAGACAUGCACUACCACGUCUCACUGUGAUUGGAGGAGAUGGGAAGAUGACUCCACUAUGUGGUCAAUGGAUGGAGGGAGUAAAGCGUUUUGAUGCUAGACAGCUGGUAGUCGACGCUUUGGUUGAGAAAAAGCUGUUCAGAGGGAAGAAGGGUCACGCCAUGGCCUUACCCAUUUGCAGCCGCUCAGGGGACGUAAUUGAGCCUCUUCUUAAGAAGCAAUGGUUUGUCCGCUGUAAGGAAAUGGCCAAAAAAGCUACACAGGCUGUGGAGGCUGGCCAACUGGAAAUCAUUCCUCACUUUUACACCAAAACAUGGAAGAAUUGGCUGUCCAACAUCAGUGACUGGUGCAUUUCCAGACAGCUUUGGUGGGGCCAUCAGAUCCCUGCUUACAGAGUGAAGCUUCUGAGUGCUACUGGCCAACAAGAGGAAGAGUGGGUCUGGGGAAGGAACGAGGAGGAGGCCCGUAAGAGAGCUGCUGUCAAAUACGGAGUGAAGUCAGAGGACAUCAGUCUGACUCAGGACCCUGAUGUUCUGGAUACAUGGUUCUCCUCUGGGCUGUUUCCUUUUGCGAUGCUGGGCUGGCCUCGGCAGACCAGUGACCUUCAACGCUUCUACCCGCUCUCCCUUCUGGAGACCGGCAGUGAUCUCAUAUUCUUCUGGGUGGCGAGGAUGGUAAUGCUGGGCACAGAGCUGACAGGCCAGUUGCCUUUCCAGCAGGUUCUGCUUCACCCUUUGGUGCGAGAUAAGCAUGGCAGGAAAAUGACAAAAUCAUUGGGAAACGUCAUCGACCCCCUGGAUGUGAUACAUGGAGUCUCCCUGGAGAGGCUCCAACAGAAAGUUAUGGAGGGGAACCUUGAUCCCAGGGAGAAGGUGGUUGCCAUGGAAGCUCAGACGAAAGACUUCCCUCAGGGGAUCCCUCAGUGUGGGACUGACGCUCUGAGAUUUGCCCUUUGCUCUUACAAGAUACAGGGAGAAGACAUCAGUCUCUCAUUCUCUCAGAUCCUGAACUGCAGACACUUCUGUAAUAAAAUGUGGCAGACACUGAGAUUUACUCUGCGAGCGCUGGAUGGCAACACUGGACCAGUGGGGAUGCUGAAGGAGACAGCUCCACUGACUAGUAUGGAUCGAUGGAUCUGCUCCCGACUGUACAGCACAGUAGCCCAAUGCCAGAAAGCCUUUGAAGAAUAUGACCUGCACACUGUCACUGCUGCCUUGUACUCCUUCUGGGUCCACAACCUGUGUGAUGUUUACAUGGAGAGUGUGAAGCCUCUGCUGCUUGAGCAUGGGGGGGAAGCAGCGGUCACUCAGGAUGGAAGCAGAGCGAGAUUGGCGGCCAGCGUUAUCCUCUAUCACUGUGUGUCCACGUCUCUGGCCCUCCUCUCCCCAUUCAUGCCAUUCAUUACAGAGGAGCUGUGGCAGAGACUCCAGCCCUUUAGAGAUGAAGCUGCAGCCCAGGGCAGCUUGUGUCUGCAGCCUUACCCGCACUCCUCUCAACUGGAACACUGGUAUUUUCCAGAAGUGGAAAGAGAUUUCCUUCUGGUCAAGGAAGUGAUCCGAGUGGCUCGCUCCCUCAGGGCCCAGUGUGGUAUGACCAAAGAAAAGCCUGACAUGUGGAUUGUGUGUUCACUGAGUCAGGCCCAGGUUCUCCUUCACUUUGAAUCUGCUGUUUGGACUCUGAGCCGGGUCUCUCGUAUGAAUAUUUUCUGUCCUGAAGAAGGGGAAAGCCUUUCCUCUCUCAGCUCCUCUCCUCCACCAAAAGACUGCCUCGUUGGUGUGGUGGACCACACGUGUCAGCUGCACCUUCUUGUUCAGAGUGGCAUGAACAUUGACAAACAAGUGGUCCAGCUCACCCAGCGUAGACGCAAGCUUGUCCCCAAGCUGGAGGAGAUCCUCUGCAAAAUCCAAGCUCCAGACUACCUGACCAAAGUCCCGGCACAAGUCCGGCAGCAGAUGGACAGUAAGAUGUCAGCCUUGGAGCAGGAAUUGAAGACCAUAGAGGAUCAGCUGAAGGUGCUGCAGACAUGCAAAUGAUGUUCCACCAGUGAAUAUUGCUAAAAGGUCAUACUGAUGCUCAUAAUAAUCACUACAACAAGACCAAUCAUGCUAGCAAUAGUAGAAAUGGUUUUAGUUGGUUUUUUUUUCAUCAUGGUUUAGAUCAGGGGUGUCCAAACUUUCCAGCAGGGCCACAUAGUGAAAAAAUGAAAGGAUGCAGCUUUGUUAUUUUGUAAAGCAACACAUGUAGAUAUGCUAAGAAGUUAUUUAUAUUUCAAGAACAAAGUGCAUCUCAGCUUUGUCAUACAGGUGAAAAAGCCUAUUCUCUAAUUUACUCUUGUUUUUUUACCCUAUUUUUUGCUGUUUUUUUUCAUUUUACAAAUAUUUGUUCUUAAAUAAUGUUUGUGCAUUAACUUCUCAGGAUAUUUUCACUUUAUUCCAAUUACAAUUAUAACUUUUUUCCCUCAACCUAAUUUUCCAACAACUUUUCAUUUCUUAUAGUUCGACUUCCAAAAAUAUCUUUCAUGCUACGAACAUGACGUUAUUCUUGUAAAUUACAACUUUUUCUCAUUGGAUUACAACUUCUUUCUCUUCAUAUUUUGACUUGAUUCUUGUAAAAGUACUCCUGAUUUUUAAAUGUUUUCAGUUUUUUUGUUGUUGUCAUUAAAUUAUAUUUUUAGAAUGUGUUGUAGGCCACUAAAAAACAUCCAUGGGCUGCAAAUGGCCCCCUAGCUGCACUUUUGGACCCCCCUGCUUUAGAGGAAUCCUAAUUCCGGAGUCUGCUUUGACAGUCGCCUAUCAGACUAACGUGGUUCACGUGCGUGUGAUUGGACAGACACAUGCUUGGAUUAUGUUUGGGAGUGAAAGGACACACAAAUGCACGAUGCCAUAAACAAACAUGCUGGUUCACACACACAAAUAUCUUCAGAUGUGUCCACAAAUCUGCAUAUGCAACAUAUGUUUAUUGAAUAUUUAUGAAUUCUCCAACUGGGUUAUUGAAAAAUGACGAAUAACAGGGAUAUGUGUGUACUUAAUUGUAUAAUGUCUUAAAAUAUAAUGCAUAUAUUCUGCAUGAA